AGUGCGGCCUUGGGCAUCCACGCACCGAGCGGCCAGAACGGCAACUCCCAGUUGGGUGGAGGCGGAGGCGGGGGCGGGUACGAGGGAUUCUAUCAGUCGACGCCGAUGGUCCAGCCGCCCGUGGGCAAUCCAGGUCUCGGGCACGGGGGAUUCUCUCAACCGGCGCCGACUCUGGAUUCCAGCCGCCCGUGGGCAAUCCAGCCUUCCGCGUGGGCGGCAGCCUCACUGGAACGGGAGUGCACUAUUUGCAAAGGGGCGCCCACACCACUGCUCUGGAACGCGAAGACUGCGCAAGGUACACGGGUGGGAAGCCCGCUGCCCAUUUGCUGGGAUUGUUACGGAAAAAUCUUGGCCGGCGGCAGGCCUCUAGAUCAUCUAGAGCAAUAUCUUGCCUCUACAGCUGUCGGCGGCGGCGGCGGGUCGAUACCGGAGUUUCUUGCAGCUCACGGUCACGGCGGCGGAUACUCUCAGUGGGCGGCUAAUCCAGUAACGUCGCCCCUCCUGUGGUGCGUUAAUUGCAAUUUUCUCGCGGAGCUGUUAUGGGACAAUCUGCCCAUGUGCUGGCCUUGCUACGACCAGUCUCUCGACAAAAUGGCUGUCUACGAAUACCAGGCUGUGGAUCAGGCUCUGGCUCAGAUUCGGGAUGACAAGGCUCGGGCUCACCAGGAAGUGGCUGAGGCUCUGGCUCAGGGUCGGAGCAUUCUCACUGGUCCGCGGCGCCAGCUCGACCACGGCCAGUCUUCUUCCGCGGCGCCGCCCCACGCUCAAGCUCAAGGCCGAUGCCAUCGCUGCGGAGCGCCGGAGCACACGCGGAUGUCUCAGGGCGGGUUUCCAGUGUGCGAGCUUUGCUUCAACAACUGAUCAAUCCAAAUGUAGCCAAAUGUGAUGUCAUCAGUCCGGCCGAAUGCAUACAUACUUGAUCGAGUAGAUGAUGAACUUGUAGGACUUAGUAAAUGAUACUAUAU